CCUGGCUCAGCCAACCUCCUUCCUCCCGUGGCUGCCCCCCACUCUAAAGCCUCCUCCCUCCCAGUGUCCACUGGCUCCAGGCUCCUCACAACAGCAGCUCAUAGACACAGGGCGUCUCCAGGUGGUCCCAGCCCUCCAGGUAGGCGCUGUUUUCACAUCUGCCUGCAUCCAUUCAUUCCUUCAUUCCUCACCUUUUUCCUCUAUUUUUUUAAGCUACCAGGAAGGAAAGGGAAGAAGAGAUCAUGAAACUGGGACCCCCAGAAGGGAGGAGUGGGCUUGGAACUUAGACAUCCACCUCAGAGCUCAAAUAGGUUGUUUAAAAUCACAUUCAAUUUUCAGAUGAAGGGGAACUUUAUAGUUUUUGUUUUGUUUUGUUUUGUUUUGUUUUGUUUUGUUUGAGACAGAGUCUCACUCUGUUGCCCAGGCUGGAGUACAAAUGGCUUGAUCUUGGUUCACUACAACCUCUGCCUCCCAGGUUCAAGCAAUUCUCCUGCCUCAGCCUCCCGAGUAGCUGGGACUACAGGCGUGUGCCACCACAUCCAGCUAAUUCUUGUAUUUUUAGGAGAGACGGAGUUUCUCCAUGUUGGCCAGACUGGUCUCGAACUCCUGACCUCAGGUGAUCUGACCGCCUUGGCCUCCCAAAGUGCUGAGAUUACAGUUGGGAGCCACUGUGCAUGGCCAGAACUUUAUAAUAAUUAAAAGAGACUUGAAGCUGGGUAUGACGGUGCACACUUGUAGUCUCAGCUACUCAGGAGGCCAAGGCAGAAGGAUCACCUUGAGGCCAGGAGUUUAAGGCCAGCCUGGGCAACACAGCAAAACCUAGUCCCUAAAAUUAAAAAAAAAAAAAAAAAAAAAGGAAAAUAAAGGAGACUUGAAAUUUUUGAACUAAAUAGUGGUGAUGGCUACACAUUGUGAAUGUGAUUAACACCACUGAGUUAAACACUUAAAAUGGUUAAAAUGGCAAAUUUUAUGUUAUACCUAUUUUACUACAAUAAAAAGUAUAAAAAACAGACGAUAUUUAGGUGACUUACAGCAACCAAUUGCAAUAAAACAAAAUGUUAAGAAAUGAUCUUUUUAUGAGGCAAUUGGAAAUGUGAACACUGAUCAACUAUAGGCUGAUUGGAAUUAUUAAUUUUUAAAGGUGUGAUAAGAUACUGCACUUGGCUGGGCACAGUGGCACAUGCCUGUAAUCCCAGCUACUUGGGAGGCUGAGGUGGGAGAAUCACUCAGGAGUUCGAGACCAGCCUGGGCAACAUGGUGAAAUCCCCAUCUUUACAAAAACAAAAAAACACACAAAAAAGAUAUUGCAGUUGUGUUGUAAGCGUCCUUAUCUUUCAGAGCUACAUAGUGGACUAUUUAUGGAAUAUUUAGGAUAAAUGAUAUAGGCAUUUGGGAUUUGAUGCAAAAUGACCCAGAGGCAGGGGUUGGGGGAGAGGUAGAGUUGAGACAAGAGGUAGAGGGGAGAGGUAGAGGUAGCCACGAGCUGAUAAUUACAGACAAGAGAUGCAGAGUAUGUGGGGGCUCAUUAUCCAGCAUAGUCUAGCUUUGUGUAUCUUUGAACUUUUCAAGAAUAAAAAAGCUUAAAAAGUAUACAUGGCCUGGUCCUACCAGAGACUCACCCAAUGCCAGCCUCCAGCCAGGGAGGGCCAAGUUUGCAUUUUCACACGCAUCUCACACUCCUCUGCACUCUCAACUUGGAGAGCUCCAAACAGGGAGACCCCAAGCCUUGCUGGCUUCUGCCAACCCCCUGAGCAGAAGCAUGGGUCCCCCUGAUCACCACCCCACCACCCUCAUCCUGACCUCACUGGAGACUCCCUUUCCUAGUCUGCUAAGUAGUGGGUGUUUUUCCUUGACACUAACGCUACGGCUAGACCACGGUCGGCUUGGCAACAGGCGUCUUCCCAGACGCUGGCGUUACCGCUAGACCAAGGAGCCCUCUGGUGGCCCUGUCCGGGCAUAACAGAAGGCUCGCACUCUUGUCUUCUGGUCACUCCUCACUAUGUCCCCUCAGCUCCUAUCUCUGUAUGGCCUGGUUUUUCCUAAGUUAUGAUUGUAG